AUGGGAGAUGACAAUAUUGCUAACAUGUUAUUACUGUACAAUGGUCAAAUCAGAGAAACAAUUAAUACUUUAUGUAAACAUUAUCACGACAAGGUACAAACCAUGGUUCUCAUGAAGCAAUUGGAAAUGAACUUGCUCACAAUGUCGGACAAUCAUAGUAGCAUAAUUACUGGCAUUCAAGCGCUAACCAAAGAUCUACUCAGAAUAAACAAAUCGAUCGGGGAAAGCUUCGAACUUAUUCAGGAAUUGUAUGCGGAAUAUGAUAUCAAAAUGAAGGACUCCGAAUAA